AUGCUUCGGGUGUGGAGCGUUUCUGGGAGAGAGCUGGCCGCUGUCAACGCAGAGGAUCUGAGUGACGUGGUGGGCUUGAAGCGCCACUUGCGAAGGCAGCUUGGCCUCCCGGUCUGCCUGCAGCAGCUCCUGGAGUCCGGGAGGUGCCUGGAGGACGGUGCUUGUCUGGAUGGACUGUUUGACCUGCAGCUGGUGAUGUUGUCCGGCCUCCGGCCGGAGCAGAUGUCUGAAGCUGGAGACGAGCUUUUGGAGUAUGCUGCCCAUACAGGCCACGUUGAGGUGGCACGCACUUUGCUGGAAGCCGGUGCCAACAAGAACUUCCAGAGCAGGUUUGACACAACCCCACUCAUGCGCGCAGCAAUCCGCAGCCACGAUGAGAUUGUACGUUUGCUGCUGGACGCCGGUGCCAACAAGAACUUGCAGGACGGUCACGGUUUUUCCGCUCUCAUGUACGCAUCUUCCGAGAGCCGUGUCGCGAUUGUACGCCUGCUGCUUACAGCCGGUGCUGACACCAGCUUGCAGAGCCUGCUCGGUACGACCGCUCUCAUGCGCGCAUCUGUCAGCGGCCACGUUGAGACUGUUCGUUUGCUGCUUGAGGCUUGGGCCGACGCGAACCUUCUUGACUUGGACGGCAUGAGCGCUCUCAUGCACGCAUCUCUCCACAACCACGUUGAGGUCGCGGCUUUGCUGCUGAAAGGCGGUGCUUCCAUGAACUUGAUCGAUGGGACCGGCAAUAUAACUGCUCUCAUUGGCGCAUCUUUCCGCGGUCACAUUGAGAUGGCACGGUUGCUGCUGGACGCUGGUGCCAACAAGAACUUGCAGGACGAGCGCGGCAUGACGGCUCUCAUGCACGUGUCUGAAGAGGGCCACGUUGAGAUUGCGCGGUUGCUCCUAGAACGUGGCGCCAACAAGAACGUGCAGGACGAUCACGGCAUGACCGCUCUCAUGCACGCAUCUGAGCAAGGUCACGAUGAGAUUGUACAGUCGCUGCUGAACGGUGGUGCCAAGAAGAACUUGCAAAACAAGGACGGCGUGACCGCUCUCAUGCACGCAUCUUUAAACGGCCACGUGGAGAUUGUGCGUUCGCUACUGGAUGCUGGUGCCAACAAGAACUUGCAGGACGGGGACGGCAUGACUGCCCUCAUGCACGCAUCUUCGAUGCACCACUCUCAGGUUGUGGCUGCGCUCACUGCGGCGAAGAGCCUGCCGUGCAAGGUGAGUUGA